GACGUCAAUGGUAUCAAUGUAUUUUACGUACUGAUAUCAAAUAGUUUUCCUUUUAAUUUUUAACGCUUGAUUAAACAUAGUUUCUACAAUAAUGAUGUCAGGAGGAAGAGUUAUUAAUUUCGGGGCAGGACCGUCCAAAGUUCCCACGGAGGUACUAGAAAGAGUGAAACAGGAACUGCUUAAUUAUAAUGGAGAAGGAAUGAGUGUUAUGGAACUUAGUCACAGAUCUGCUGCAUUUGCUAAAAUUGUGCAAGAAGCUGAACAAGAUGUUAGAGAUCUGUUAGAUGUUCCGUCAAAUUACAAAGUUUUAUUUAUGCAUGGUGGAGGAACUGGACAAUUUGCUGCCAUUCCUCUCAACAUAUGUCCCGAAGGAAGUACGGUAGAUUAUUUUGUAACUGGUGGAUGGUCAGCCAAAGCUGCUAAAGAAGCAGAAAAAUAUUGCAAAGUUAAUAAAGUUCUUCCAAAAACAGAUAAAUAUACAGGAAUUGCCGAUCCAAGUACUUGGAAACUCAGUCCCAAUGCAGCUUAUGUAUAUUAUUGUGCUAAUGAAACAAUACAUGGUGUAGAAUUUCAUUCAAUCCCUGAAAUAUCUCCAAGCAUACCUCUUAUUUGUGAUAUGUCAUCAAAUAUUUUCACAAAACCAGUAGAUGUUUCUAAGUAUGGAAUUAUAUUUGCUGGUGCGCAAAAAAAUAUAGGAGCUGCUGGUGUCACACUUGUUAUAGUGAGAGAUGAUUUAAUCGGUAAAACAAGAACAGUCUGUCCAUCAAUCUUAGAAUAUAAAGUGAAUGCAGAAAAUAAGUCAUUAUAUAAUACGCCAGCAACGUUUAGUCUUUAUGUUUGUGGUUUGGUAUUAAAGUGGAUUAAAGAAAAAGGUGGCAUUGAAGCAAUGGAGAGAAACAGCAUUCGAAAAUCGAAAUUAGUUUAUGACACCAUAAAAGAAUCAAAAGGAUUUUAUUACUCUCAUAUUGAAGAAACAGCACGUAGUAGGAUGACAAUUCCAUUUAGAGUCGGUGGUCCCAAUGGAAAUGACGACUUAGAAAAGAAAUUUUUAGCAGAAGCUCAGAAGAGAGGAAUGUCUGGUCUUAAAGGACAUAGAUCAGUAGGAGGUAUACGAAUUGCAGUAUUCAAUGCUAUGUCUAUAGAAGAAACGCAGCAACUUAUUUCAUUUAUGAAGGACUUUGCAUCAGAACAUAACCAUUAAAUUUGAAAAAUUUUAGUUUGUUUUUGAACUUAUUUUUUAAAACAUUCCAGCUUUAUUUGAUUUUUAUACACGCUUCCUCGACUAAUACAAAAUUUGAUUUUAAACCAAUUUGAACAUAAUUCUAAAUUGCUGUAAAAUUAAAUUGAAUUAAUUAUUAAUUCAAUUACUUGCAUUAUCUUGAGUCUGUAUGCGGCAAUCUUUUUUUUAAAGUAGAUAUUGCUGAUAUGGAAUCAUUUUUUAAAAAUUAAUUAAUAUAUGUUAAUCUUAAAAGAUU